CAAAAUUCCAACAUCCAUUGGCCGAAUGGGGGAAUUCGGAAGCCCGCCGACGACGGCGACGGCACGACGCGAUGUGUCAACGCCCCGCGAAAGCAACGGCUUUGCAGGCGCCAGUCGCGCUCUCGGCCUCGGCGAGCACCGGGCCCGGGGCGGGCUGAAGGCUGACCCCGGAGUCGCGCAGGCGCGGGUCACCGGAGAGGCGGAGCUUACCACCAUGCUCCCGGACGCGGAACGGCGGAAGCAGCGGCAGGUGGUGAGAGGUGAUCUCGCCGGCCGCGGGGGAUUGGAGCGCGGAGCACCCACCCAUUUAUACCCCGCUCGUUCCGUGCCCUAUCCAUCCAUCCGCCGCGCAACCUCUUCCCGUUCCGAUCCCCUUUCCAACCGAGGAAGGACAAUCCCUACCGCACCGCCGGAUCCCCCGAUUUGCAUAGAUGCAGAUCUUUGUGAAGACCCUCAAUGGGAAGACCCUCACCUUUGAGGUGGAGUCAUGUGACACAAUCGACAAUGUCAAGGCAAAGAUUCAGGAUAAGGAGGGAACUCCACUGGGCCAGCAGCGACUUAUCUUUGCUGGCAAGCAGCUCGCGGACGGGUGCACGUUUGCUGACUACAACAUUCAGAAAGAGUCCACCCUGCAUCUUGUCCUUCGUCUCCGCGGCGGCCUGCAGAUAGCCAACAACAACAACAACAACCCUGAGGUUGUUGCUGGACAGGAGGGGAUCGGCCUGCUCCGAAGGUUUGGCCAGGGCGAGGUCGCCGGCGCGGGCGCCGAAGGCCUGCGCGGAGAGGGCUUCCGCGUCCUGGGAGUGUCCGUCGCUUCUCUGGCCGUGACAGGGCUCGCCACCGGCGGCGCCGCGACUCCCGCGGCGGGCCUCGGGCUGCUCCUGAUGCUGCUGGGCGGCCUCUCCCUCGCCGGCGUCCCGAUGCUCCGCCGGCGCGGCAUGUGAGCUUAGCCACCGCGCGUCAUUCGGAACAGUAGUUGGUGCCAGUGUCGAGGAGAGCCGUCCGUGUCCCGUGCGUGCAGUGGACUUGUUGUCUUCAGUUCAAGCUGCCGUACCCUGCUUUAGCUCACCUGCUCACGGUCAAAUAAUCCGCGGUAGUUGCAGAAGUAGAAAAAUAUCGAAACUGGUUUCACUGAUAACUGUACUACACUUCAUAUUGCUCUCCGUUUUCCAUUUUGGUGGGCAAAAAAUAUUUCCAUUGGAAAGAGGAUAGAGAAGUAGAGAACUUAAAGGCGGGAGGGGUGUUCUUCUCAACCGUGACAUAAAGCCGUAGUUCUCUAAUAUAACUAUUUUUUUAUAUAAGUUAUUUUGCUGCAAA